AUCCCCCUUCGCAUUUCUUCUCCCUGCAUGUCUGUAACGUCCCCCACUCUCUCUGUGCAUUAAAAAAAAAUGACGAAAAUGCCCAUGGGCCCUCCUCCUCCCAAAAACCCAAACCCUCCACCUCCAGAUAACACCACCGAACAGCCACCACCACAACCGCAACCACAACCACAACCACAACCACAGCCGCAGCAACAGCAACAACAACCACAACAACGAGAGGAUGAGCACCCACAAUCAGAGCAGAUUACCAAUACUGAUGUUAUUCCAGAGCCGGAUAAAACCCUAUCAGAGGAAAACCCUAACCCUAAUCCCACCUCCCAAGAAACCCCGAAAGCAGCAGCAUCGGCAGCAGCAGUUCCUUACACCAUUCCUCCGUGGGGUGACCGGCCUUCCCACCCUUUCUCCCUUGAAGUGCUCAAGGAUGGCUCCAUCAUCGACCAGCUCGAUGUAUCUGGAAAAGGGGCGUACAUGUUUGGGCGGAUAGAUCUAUGUGACUUUGUACUCGAGCAUCCGACCAUUUCUCGUUUCCACGCAGUUCUCCAGUUCAAAAGAAAUGGAGAUGCGUUCCUUUAUGAUCUUGAUAGUACACAUGGCACAUUCGUCAAUAAGAGCCAGGUCAAGAAAAAGGUGUACACUGAGUUGCAUGUCGGUGAUGUGAUUCGAUUUGGCCACUCUUCUCGGCUGUAUAUAUUCCAAGGACCAUCUGAGUUGAUGCCACCUGAAAGUGACUUGAUGAAGUUGAGAAAUGUGAAAGUUCAAGAGGAGAUGCAAGAUCGUGAAGCUUCACUUUUACGUGCGAGAGUAGAAGCUUCUCUUGCGGAUGGUAUCUCAUGGGGCAUGGCAGAGGAUGCAAUUGAAGAGGCUACAGAGGAGGAUGUAAAUGAAAUAACUUGGCAAACAUAUCAAGGACAGCUUACCGAGAAGCAGGAAAAAACACGUGCAAAAAUCCUUAAAAGAACCGAAAAGGUUUCUAAUAUGAAGAAAGAGAUUGAUGCAAUUCGAGCAAAAGACAUUUCUCAAGGUGGGUUAACACAGGGCCAACAAACUCAGAUUGCUCGGAAUGAACAAAGAAUAUCACAGAUCAUGGAGGAACUUGAGAGCUUGGAAGAGACUUUGAAUGAAAGUAUUCAAGAAAGUUUAGGAGCACGUGCUGGAAAAUCAAUCUAUGGUAAGAACAAAGGAACCGCUGAGGAUGAAGAUGAAGUCCCAAGUGAUGAUGAUGAGUUCUAUGACCGGACAAAGAAGAAGCCUGCCAGUAAAAAAGCUGAUGAACAGCAGUCAAUUGAAACAGCUGAUACUCUUCUUGACAAGAAAGAGGCCAUAAUUAAAGAAAUGGAUGAAAAAAAUAACUUGCUUUUGAAGGAGAAGACCAAAACAUUACCAGAGAUCGAGGGAGGAAGUGAAGGUGGAGAUGCCCUCGAUGCAUACAUGACUGGGCUUUCAUCCCAACUAGUGCUCAAUGCGACUGCGCAACUUCAGAAGGAACUAUCUGCUCUGCAAUCUGAAUUGGAUCGGAUCCAAUACUUACUGAAAAUUGCUGAUCCGACGGGAGAAGCUGCUCGGAGGAGGGAUUCAAAAGCCCAGACAUCAAAAUCUAACCAGCCAGAUAUUCCCGUUUCCAACAUCACAAAAAGGCUUUCAGUGGAGCAAAAGAAAAGCUCUACGCUAGCAAAGCCUGCAAAUGGUUCCUCCCAUAAAGAUAAAAGUCUUACUGUAGAAACAAGUAAACCUCCAGAAGGUGAUAAAGAUGUUAGUGAUGGCAUAGAAAGCAAAGUGGCCACAUACACGGUCACGAAGCCUAUAUGGCUUGGCGCUACAGAGGACAUGGAAGUGAAAGAGAACCAACAUGAUGAAGCGCCACAAAAAAUGCAUGAAUCUGAUGACUUUGUUGACUACAAAGACCGGAAAAAGGCACUAGCUGCAGUAGAUGAUGCCAAGGAAACAGUGAGCAUGAUUGAGGAUGCAGCUCCAGGUCUAAUAGUAAGGAAGCGUAAGCAGAUGGAGAAACCCAGGGCAAGUGAUGAUAAGGUUCCCAAAGUGUCCACAUCAUCAUCAUCUACAACCGAAAACACAGCUGCAGAUGCUGUAGCUCUAUUAUUGAAGCACAAACGCGGGUAUUUUGCAGCAGAUGGCGAGGAAAGAAAUGAAAACCAAGAAAACAAAGGUGGGGAUAAAUCUAGAAAGGAGAAACCAGUGUCUAAAAGAGUGCUUGGACCUGAGAGGCCUGCCUUUCUUGACAGUAGUCCAGAAUCUGAAACAUGGGUGCCUCCCCAAGGACAAUUGGGCGAUGGGCGAACCUCAUUGAAUGACCGUUAUGGUUACUGAUGCAUAAUUUUAUCGUGGCCAUUGCUCAUUCCAAACUGAUCAAAAGAUUUCAAUGAAUUGCUCAGAGUCACAUUCAAAUGCAUGUUGGAUGCACUGGUUGCAGAUGUAGUGAAGUGGCUAACCAUUUUGAACCCUUGCAAUGAUCCUGAGCAUAUAAAGGGUACCUUACAUUGUAGAGAACAGCUGGUCGAAGUUGUAAGCUUGUGAAAACCGUUAUCGCUACUCAUGGAAGAUAAAAAGUGGAGGAUUUCAUGGUCUAUAUGCUUCCUUUUGGACCUCUCUAUAAACAGCAGCUAUGAAAAUGGAAGAUUGUAAAUUCAGAUGUUAUGCAUCGGUUGAACCUUUGUAUCCAUUCUGUGGAAUCAGUACAAAAUCAAUCUGAAAUUGAGGGAAACGAUUCUAACUACAUUUGUUUUCAUCUUUCAACAAUGCCAUUUUACAGUUUUUGCAUGUGGACUGGUGCAUCCGGAGUUAACGGAUUUGAUCUUAGGUUAUUAUGCACAAUUGAAGUCUGAAUGCAAGUGAUUAGUGUAUUGUCAUUUCAAAGCAACUUUCUAGUGUGUUUUCAUUC